GGUCCCCAAAAUCUCACAUCUAACCACAAACAUUCAGAGAUUCAGAGUUAUCUAUAUACAUAUACAUAUAUAUAUAUACACACACAAAUACAGUUACACAUUUUCACAAAUAUAUACACACGCAUAUAUAUAUACGGGUUUGCAUGAAAUGGAGCCAAUAAAACAAGGUGAAGCCAGCAAUGAAGAUGAUGAGUACAUAGACAUGGACGUGAGUUGCUGCUCCUCUUCUUCUUCUUCUUCGACGGCGUCGUCUUCUGGGUUCAUUAGCUUCUCCGUUAGCUCGCCGCCGCACAUCCGAGAGUUUGAGUUCCAGAUGUGCUCCUCCGCCGCAAUCUCCGGUGAACCCGCCACUUCUCCGGCGGACGAGCUCUUCUACAAGGGCCAACUUCUCCCUCUCCACCUCCCUCCCCGCCUCCGAAUGGUUCAGAAGCUCCUUGAGUCCUCCUCCGCCGUCGACGGAACUACCUCCUCCGCCGCCGCCGCAGCCGCGUCCUCCGCCGUCAUCUCUCCGUGCGAGUCCCGGAGAGUGAGCAGCAGCGAGAUCGUGACAAACCCAGAUGAGAAUUUCUUCGAAAUCUCGACGGAGCUGAAGAGUUUCAUCGAGAAUGAGAAUCCAAGAAGCACUUGGAGCAAGAAGAUCAAGCAGUCGUCAUUGACUCAGAAGCUCAAAGCCUCACGCGCUUACAUCAGGAGCUUCUUCUCUAAACCAGGAUGCUCGGACUCCGAAAUCGAUCCAAAAUCGAAACUUGGAGGCCCCAGAUCCUCGAAAUCGUCGAAGAAGAAGAACCCAUUUGUAAAAAACGAAUCUUUCGACGAAUUUUCCAUCAAUCGAGGUUCAAACAACAUCCACAGGAGAUCGUUCUCGGGAGUGAUACAGAGGCAUUGCCAGACAAAGUGUUCAUCUUCUAGUUCAUCGUGUUCGUCAUUGUCUUCUUCGUUUAGCUUCGGAUCAAAUGGGUCUUUGGAUCUGCAGGCGCUGAUGAGAAGCAGCAGCGCAAGCUCUGAGACUGAUAACUCCAUUGAAGGAGCGAUCGCGCAUUGCAAGCAGUCGUUUAGCCCAAGAAAGAGUAAUGUGAGUGAAGCCGAGUUAUGUUCUUCGAGAACAUCUGUCUCUGGGGAAAUAUGAAAGGAUCGAACAUUCUAGAAUUUUGAGAUCCUCUGAUUCGCAAAGAAGACACCACGAAAAGGCCCAGAGAACAAAAAAAAAAAGAACAUCUUUUUUCACUCUGUCUAUUUUUUGUGUGUAAUUUUUUUCUCUUUUGAAAAAAGUUGAUUAGGGUUUCUCGUUUUCUUUGUCAAACUUAGUGCAUGCAGAUGAUAAUGUUAAUUUGCUAAUUGGAUUGCCUUGUGUUGAUAGAGAGGGUUUGAACAGAGCUCUUUGUCUUGCUCG